CCCGGCUCGACAGGCUAUGGCAGCAAGCCCAGGAUACGAGGCCACGACCGCGGCCGAUGCCAGGUUGAGCAGCGAUCAGGUGGCGCAUCUCGAAGGUGUGGCACAGAUCGUGUUCCCGGUGUGCGCCGAGCCGCUCGAGGCGCUGCAGCGGUGCACCGAUGGCGGAGACGGGACCGAUGCAAGGUCUGGAAGCGGCGCAGGCUGCGAUGCCGAGCUGCAAGCCUUUCGUGCUUGCUCCGAGAUGUGUGUGACGAGCACGAUGGCGCUCCGCCGCGGAUGUGGGGCUGAGAUGGCGGCGUUCUUUGCGGCGUGGGACGCGCCGAGCGUGAGCAUCGGCUCGGACAAGCUGCUCUCGAUCGAGUACCGGAGCGCCGAUCGGACGGACGCGGCAGCAGCAGCAGCGGUAGCAUGCCACGACGCACAGCUGGCGGCGUUGGCGGCCGAGUCGGGGGCGGUGGCAGGCAGCGCGACGGCCGGCUCACUCGAGCCGGGCGCCCGUGCCGCCUUUGUCCGCUCGCUCCUUGCCGCCAUGAAGCUGCGGGCGAGGUCGGCCGGGUCCGGAAGUGGCUCCGCGACGUGGCCGCUCGCGGCGCCGGGCGGAGCGAUGCGGACGAGCAGCGAGGGCGAGGGUCAUGUGCUCGGCGCCGAACCAGAUGCUGUGCUGUAUCCAGGCUACGAGACGGCUGCGGCGGCGAUGGCUGACGCAGGUGCGGGCGAUCGGACGGUGGCUGUUCUUGCGGCGGCCGGCAGCGAGGUGGCGGUGCGGCGGGUGGUGGCGACGAUGGACGCGGCGUUGCGGCGGAACGAGGCGCGGCCGGCCGCAGUGCCUGCGGCGGCGCCGCGCAAGGCGCGAUCGCGGCGGAUGCACGCGGCGGAGGCUGCGGUGAACGCUGCGGUGCUAGAUGCAGUGGCAGCGAUCAACCGGACCGCCGGCUUGCGCAUCCCGUCGCCACUGGUCUCGCGCCCGCCGCCGCGGACGUCCAAGUCGCACCGGCUUCGGACGCGGCGGGCUAACAAAGCGGCGACGCGGGCGGCGAUCAAACAGUUUCUACAGCGCGAGCUGACAUGAUGAGCAGCCAUUUUACAGGAGUGUGCAACCCUUCUUCUUGGACGAGCUCGACGGGGUGUCGUCGUCGCCGCCGCCGCCGCGGGACGAUCGGAUGCGCCGGACAAUGGUCUCGAAAAUGAGCGUGACAUUGGUGUCGGUCUUGGCCGACGACUCGACGUAGUCGGCGUCCCAGAGCUUGGCCUUGGCCUCGCCGUCUUCCGAGGUCACCACACGGUCGGCCUCGAGAUCGAUCUUGUUGGCAACGAGCGUGAUACACACGGCCCGGUCCUCCAGCGAGCGCUCGAUGCGCUGCCGGAUCUCGUCCACGUGUUCAAAUGAUGCCUGGUUCGUCACAUCGUAGACAAGGAUAAAGCCCUCGCCGGACUUCAUGUACGCGUCGAGCAUCGAAGAGUACCCCUCCUGCCCCGCCGU